AUGGCUGACGAGUACGCAGACUUGAAGCAGAUGUUGCAGCAGCAGCUGAAGCUAAUGGAGGCACUCACCGUUAACAUGUCCAAAUCGUCCAUGGGUCAAUCAAGCGCGGCAGGUGGUUCGCAAGCUGUUGAUCACAUUGCCGGCAGCAUCACUGAAUUCUUGUUUGACCCGCAGGCCCAUAUCGCCUUUGAUUCCUGGUACAAACGAUACGAGGACGUGUUCUCCGUCGAUCUGGCUGUCCAGGACGAUGCACGGGAGGUUCGACUCCCUCUUCGCAAACUGGGUGAGGCUGAAAACGAGCGUUAUGCAAACUUCAUUCUCCCCAGGAAUCCCCGAGAAGUCGCUUUCAAGGACACGGUUCAGACGUUGUCGCAGAUUUUUGAUGAGCAAUCAUCCCUCUUUAACACUCGAUUUCAGUGCUUGCAACUGUGCCAACGAGAUUCCGCUGACUUCAUAACGUAUGCGGGCAUUGUUAAUUGUGAGUGUGGGCGUUUCCAACUCGGUUCUCUUACUAGAAACCAGUUUUGAUGCCUUAUAUUUAUCUGCGGCCCCCAGUCCCCCAAAAAUGCUGAUAUCCGGACACGUCUCCUGUCCAAAGUGCAGCAGAACAACUCUACCACACUCCAAGAGCUGACAGCAGAGUUCCAAACGCUGAUCAACCUCAAGCACGACUCUGCACUGAUUCAGAACCCUGCCUCAUCUUUCUCAGUCCAUUCGGUCACACUGACCAAAUCUCGGCCCAAGCAAUGUCCAAGGCGAGAUCUCCGCCAUCUCCUUGUCGGCACUGUGGCGCAUGGCAUUUCCACCGAGAUUGCACUUUCCACCAGCACCGCUGCCAAAUUUGUAAUCAGGUGGGUCACCGUGAUGGGUUCCGCAAAUCAGUACCAACUUCUGGAGACAAGCCAACCCACACCACUCCUAACUCCAGGCACCGAUUCCGGCCACAACGCAAGCCCAAACCCCAGUCCGUUGGUAAUUCUUUCAAACUCUUGGCCACUGUCCAGCUCAAUGCGUCUGGUCGUAGAAAGUUUGUUGACGUUUUGUUCAAUGACCAUGCAGUUUGCCUACAGUCGGACACUGUCUCAGAUAUUACCGUCAUCUCUAAGAGACUCUGGCAGUCCCUUGGCAGCCCAGCGAUGCAGCAGAUUUCCCAGUCAGCCACAAGCGCGUACGGUAGUCUCGUACAGCUAAUUGGGCAGCUGCAAUGCUGUGUGUCGUUCCAUGGUACCAGCAUUACUACGAUCUGCUACAUCACUAAGUCUGAUCUAAAAAUACUUGGUCUUGACUGGACUGAACAACUUGGGUUGAUCGAUAUGCCGCUCCGCGUUGUUUGCAGUCAGGUGCAGAUUCCCGCUGUGCUUGCAGACCAAGCCAAGGACAUUCUCCAACGGUUUGCUUCAGUGUUCCAAGACGACCUGGGUCGUUGCACAUACACUCAAGCCGUGAUACAUCUAUCUCCUGGAAGUCGACCAGUCUUCAGUUCAAAGCGCCCAGUCCCAUAUGCAGCCCUACCACUUGUCGAGGCUGAGUUGAAGCGUCUAGAGGAAUUACGAGUUCUGGUUCCUGUAUCCUACGCCGCCUGGACCGCUCCAAUCGUUGUGGUUAAGAUGCCCAAUGGCUCGGUCCGGACCAUCAAUACCCACCGCGAUUUGUUCCGAUACACCAGGCUGCCCUCUGGUGUCAAGACCGCCCCGGUCCUAUUUCAACAAACGAUGAACGCAAUGCACUCCGGCAUCCCUGGCACAGCUAGGUACCUGGACGACAUCAUCAUCAUCAUCAUCAUCAUCGUGGAUCACUCCCCUGCCGAGCUGCAAGGCCGAGUGUGCGCAGUACUCGAACGCGUGCAGGAGUAUAAAUAA